GGGCGCCCGCAGCAUGCGGAGGAUCCGGCGGCUGGUGCAUCUGGUGCUGUUCUGCCCCUUCUCCAAGGGCCUGCAGGGCCGCCUCCCGGGGAUCAAGGUGAAGUACCUGCUGGUGGUGUGGCUGGGCAUCUUCGUGGGCAGCUGGGUGGCCUACAUGCACUACUCGUCCUACUCGGAGCUGUGCCGCGGCCACGUCUGCCGGAUGAUCAUCUGUGACCAGUACAAGAAAGGGAUCAUUUCUGGCUCCACAUGCAAGGACCUGUGUGAGGAGCGCAGCCUCCUGUUCCAGCACUGCCUCUCCUCCUCCCCCAGCCAGCAGCUCCUUCCACCUGCUGCCCCCCUCCCUGUGCUGCAGGUUUACAGAGGGCUCUGGAGGGACAGGGAGGUGAUCAUCAAAUGUGGCAUCGGGGAAGCCCUGAGGGCCGACAGCCGCCCGGACUCUGUGCCCAGGAGGGACGUGGUGCUCUUCGACAAACCCACGCGGGGGACCUCGAUGGACGAGUUCAAGGAAAUGCUCCUCAACUUCCUGAAGUCCAAGCUGGGGGAUCAGCCAUCUCUUCCCGCCUUGGUGAGCCGGAUCAUCACCAUGGCAGACGUGAACCGUGACAGGAAGGUGUCCCUGGCAGAGGCCAAAUCCAUCUGGGCGCUGCUUCAGCUCAACGAGUUCCUCCUCAUGUUCUCCUUGCACGAGAAGGAGCACACGGCCAAGCUGCUGGGGCACUGCGGGGACCUUUAUGUCACCGAGAAGAUCCCCCACACCUCCCUCUAUGGGGUGGACAUCCCCCCUUUCCUGCAGUCCCUGCUGCCUCCCAUCGCCCACCAGCUCAUCCACCAGUGGUUUGCGCCGGCCUGGCCCCGGCGCGCCAAGAUCGCCAUCGGCCUCCUGGAGUUCGUGGAGGAAAUCUUCCACGGGACCUACGGGAACUUCUACAUCUGCGAGAGCAGCCUCAGGAACGUGGGCUACAACGACAAGUACGACUUCAAAAUGGUCAACCUGCGGAAGGUGGCGACGGAGAUGACAAUCAGAGGAUUCCUCAAGGGCCGGCACUGUGAGCAGAACGGGGACUGCACCUACGGGCGGGACUGCACGGCCGCGUGUGACAAGCUCCUGAAGCAGUGCAAGGGUGACAUGGUGCAGCCCAACCUGGCCAAGGUGUGUGGGCUGCUGCAGGACUAUCUGCUCUAUGGAGCUCCCCUGGAGCUGAAGGAAGAGCUGCAGAAGCAGCUCCGAACUUGCAUGACCCUGAGCGGCCUGGCCAGCCAGAUGGAAGUGCACCACUCCCUCGUGCUCAACAACCUCAAGACCUUGCUCUGGAAGAAGAUUUCCAACACCAAAUAUUCCUAACGGGGGAAGCACGGCCCUGGCGUUUCCAAUCUGAGCUUGGAGUGAGGUCCAAGGGCUGAAGGCCUGUUUCUCCAUCCUCUCCCACCCAGGAAAAACAUACCCUGCACAGGGAAUUCAGCAGAGCUGCAGCCCCUUCUCCUUCAUGGAAAACCAAGCAUCAUGACUUCCACCACCCAGCAGGAUCAGGGAUGGGUUGGCAGGAGCGGAGCUGGGACACGGAGCCGAGCUGAGCAGGCUUGGGGGAGGAAGAAGACACGGAAAGGGAUAAGGAAGCAGAGCCCAGCUGGAUGCAUCAAACUGUUCCUUGAUGAGCAGGAAAGCAGAGCAAAGCGAUGGGAAUGAAUCAUUCAUGCUGUACUUGUCACAUCUCCUUUUGAGGAACGGCUCUGAUGUAAAUAAACAGCUUUUACGUGAAUCACACCCGUCCAUCAAUAGCCAAACAGCAGCCUGUUAAGUACCAGCUUGUUUGUGAUCUAAAAAGGAGGAAAAGGUAGAUUUCCCCAUUCAAAAGUCUCUCCUUAAGUGUCUGAGUCACCUGCCAUCAGAUCCAGCUGUCACACAGGAAGCAGAUCAGCUGUCUGGUGCACCGAGGAGAAUGGUGGCGGUUCUUUGGUUCCGUUUUUAAGUGCCUGACCCUGACAGUGAUGCCGUGGCUUGUGAGAGGCUCCCCCAGCUGCUCCUGCCCCCAGUCUGCAAUUGGCAGCACAAGCCAUUCCCUCACGUGUCCGCUCUGGAAGCGGCCGAGGCCAAGGAUGGCUUAAAGGCAAAGGGCUAAACUCGAACCGCUGUGACCCCUUGGUGUGCCCCGGGUGUCACUGCCCACCACACUCAGAGCAGGGAUAAGCCAACCCCUCCGUUUAAUUCUCCAAAAACUAAGCUGGGCUUGCCCUGCAGAGGUUGAAGGUUAAUACCAGAAUAAUCCAGUGCUUCUCUCAUUAUUAAAAUGAAUUUCCGGGCAAAGCUUUUA